CAGCUAGCAGCAGGCGAGAGCUGUACGGACGGAUGGACGGUACAGAGGCGGUGGAGUAGUGGGAGAUUUUCGAAGUGGGGUGCAGGCAUCAGAGCGAUUCCUCGUGCGCGCGGGUGAUUAUCGGCCGACGUCGUUCGACUCUCGUGCAGGCCGCGUGACUCCGGUGUAACUCCAAACGUCUCGGCUGAUUUUUUGAAUUAAAAACUGUGACAAUUGUCCCGCCGUCCAGUGGGAAUUUUAAUUUCCCCAAAUUUUGAAAAAUAAGGGGUGAAAAUUGUAUUGAAAGGGGGUAGAUUUUUCACAAUACAUUCAGCAUUCAUUCGUUUAUCUUAACAUUCGGGAUUUUUUUUUUUUUUUCGUGGGAAUGAUAUUGUAAUUGUUGGGGGAAAAAAGUGCGUCCCACCUGAGUGUGAGAGACGAAAUUGGAGUAAGUUAAAAAUACGCGAGUGUGCUCAGUCACACACUUGGACACCUUAACGAACGGGGGGGUAUAGGAGAGGCCGAUAGUGGAUAAAAUCAAGGCAAAAAUGAACAGCGUAAUAUGUUGGAUAGCUAGAAAUACCGAUUGUCUAUCCAUGGGAUACUACGGUGGCCUUGAUCCGAGGUGUGAGAAUUUAGUUGACAUGUAAAUCAAGACAAGUGCAUUGAUAAAUACCGUUGAAAUAAUUCAACUUCGUCUGGAAGCCAGCGAAGCAAACGAUAAGGGAAAAGUAAUUUUUUUUUUCUACUCCCCAUUAAUGCGAAGAGACUUGAAAAAUUGUAAUCGACGAUGAACAAUUGUCUCUCACGUGUCUGAGAUAAAGGAGUGUGCAGCAGUGAGUGGAACAGGAGUUUUAAUUAUUGAUAAGGUUUUAUUGCGGAAAUUGAACCAUUUUCGGCUGAUGAAAUGUGAAGUGCAGUUGAUGGACUGGUGGAGGCUUGUGUUAUCGUUGGUUAGCGUUAAUCGAGACAACGAGAGAAGGCGCAAGGCGCCUGAAAUGACGGGCACGCGACGGGGUACUGCAUCGCCCCGGUACAAGACCAUCCUCUUGACACCAAUCAUCGUACUACUUCUACAGGCACACAGUGUUACAGGGGGUAUUUGCUGGUCAUCGAUAAGCAACGGCAAGUGCAAAGAGCUGAUGAACCAGGGUGUCACGAGGCAGGAGUGUUGCGCAUCAAACGCAGCAGCUGCAACUGCCUACUCCGACGAGGAUCUCGAUAGUGGGAGUUUGUUCUUCUGGAGGGUGCUCGGGGGUGGUGUUCAGUGUCGGCCGUGUCGAGAGAGCUGUGCAGAGGUACGCUGCGAGGAGGGAAAGAAGUGUGUUGUCAGACGGGGAAGACCGAGGUGCGUCUGCAGUCCCGAGUGCAAAUCACCACGUGGAGGAAGUGGACCAGUCUGCGGUACCGACGGCAGGAGCUACCGUAGCCUCUGCAGGCUCAAAAAACACGCAUGCAAAAAGGGAAGUCACGAGCUCACUGUUGCAUACAACGGUUACUGUCAAAGUUCGUGCGAGCGUGUACGCUGUGGCCAGGGUCGAAGCUGCCUGUUGGAUCAGAAUCUGAGUCCUCACUGCGUGAGGUGUGCUCGCAAGUGCCCCCAGGCACCUCACCAGGUCGCGAGCGCACGACCCGUCUGCGGAGCCGACGGAAACACCUACAAGAGCGCCUGCCACCUGCGCCUCGCCGCCUGCCGAGCUGGCCGGGCCAUUCCCGUCGCCUAUAAGGGCCACUGCAAACCAAACGCAGACUGCACAACAAUACGUUGUCGCGAGGGCCAAACCUGCCUGACAGAGAUGAACUCAGGACGUCCACGGUGUGUCACAUGUACCUACAGAUGUCCCCGGAAACGCGAGAGAAUCCGUGAACGCAAACGAGACAGACACCGCGAAAGAGACUGGGAUCGUGAUUCACCCAAUAAUUCACUGCUGUGCGCAACAAAUAACAUUACCUAUCCCAGUUGGUGUCACAUUGUCAAGGAUGCAUGCGUCACCGGUUUCGUCUUGGAGACACGACACGCUGGACCAUGUGAUUCUCAAGAUGCAUCCUUCUACGGAGAGGAGAAUAAUACAUCAGCCAGCUACGGUGUUGAUCUCGCCGAUGAGAUCAAGAUCAGUGGAAGAAGUACAUCUCGCAAACUCCAGAUGCAUCAUCACUCACACACGUAGCCUAGUUUAUCUCCUUGUGAAAUUUCUAGCGCAAAACCUGUGAAAAAUCGACGUCAGACACUCGCAACUCAGUGAAAAUUAACUGCUCACAAUUUGUCACACAAUUUUGAGGGUUGAGUCGAUAUUUUCCAGGCCCUUAGGCGGUUAAAACCAUAAAAACGUAGUUAGCGCGAUUUUUUGAGUCACGUUAUUUAUUUUUGAUUUGUGGUGGACUCAUGGCGGAUCGGCCAAUCAUUUCUAAGUCGACCAUUCGUGUAUUUGGUCGUUAGUAUUACACAAAGUAUUAAAAAUUUUCAAGAAUCUUGACUAGCACGGUGUCGAUAAAGGGCAUGAAUGUUAAUUUUAUUCGUUAUUGUCGGGGCUUUUAAAUAAUUAAUUGCGUUUUUUGUUUAUUAUUUUUUUUUCGAUCCUCCUCUUACCUUCAAUUAGCCGUGCGCCAGUAGUUGUACCAUCGUCGUACUUAAUUUAUUUUUAGGUGGUAAUACGAUUGAUGCAAGAUUCAAUGCAUCACGAUUUUUUUUUGAAAAUUAAUUUUUCAAUCUGUGAUUAGAGAAAAUUGCAAUUUAAAUCGUUAGUCUAAUCAUUUUUAUUUUAUAGACUCAUUAAAUGUGUUUAAAUUAUUGAAUUAAUUAUUGAAGUUGAUGUUUAAUGACUCAGAAUAAUUUUCUGAUUAUUUCUUUUUUCCGAGAAGAAAUUGUGAGGAAAUCUUGAUAAUAAAUUGAUUUUAUUUGUUUUGUACUGAAAUGUUUGCGAAGAAAUACUCUUUGUUCUUUGCUCAUUUUGCCCCGUUCAUUUUUACAGUACCUUUUUUACCCAGACUAAAACAUUUUUCAAUUAUCUCCAGCAACGUAAUGGAGGCAAAAUGGGCUUUGAAUCGUAGCUUUCAAUCGGUAAUUUUCCCGAGUAUGUAAAUUAUUUUACAAAUUUAAUUUAAUCACAGAAAGAAGAAUGUUUAUGAAACGAAACAUUAAGCCAAGGGUAUCUGUUUAGCCCAUUGAAUUAUACAUAUAAAUUAUGUUUAAUAAAAAUAACAUAGAACUGCCCAGUCCCUUGGCGCUGUCACAGUAAAUACUAAAAAUUGAAUAAAUAUAUAUAAAUAUUAUAUAUAGAAUUGAAACAAUGCUUACUGCAUGUCGCUUGCUUUGACUCGGAACGAGUGGGACGAAUAAGCAAAUUGUUUAUUAAUGUUUUUUUUUACAAUGAAUUUCGUCGCCAAAUGUUCAAAAGAAUUAGACCAAAUAUGUAGCUGUAAUGUAGAAUCGUUGGUCUAGGUUGAGAUUAUAUUCGAUUCAAUUCGAUGAAAAUUAUUAUUAGUGAUAGAAAUGAGGUGCGAGGGGGAUGAGGGGCUACUCACUCCCCAAAUCAUGACGCCAUUUGUGAAAUUUAUUUGAAAUUAUGUCUGUGUCAACCGACGUCGUUAAAUUUAUUGGAAAUCCUGAAAUUAAGUGACUAUGUCCUUGAAAUUAGUUGAAUUGUCAUCUACAGUAUUUAAGCAAUGAUAUUUGUUCUAUGAUCUAUGAUGUGUGAUCAAUAGACUUUUUCAUUCGGGAAAUCUAUAGUUAAAUGAGCAAUGAGGUAAGUUAACUUAUUUCCAGACUUGUUUGCUGAUGGAAACCUCAACAAUUACAGGACAUGAUGGAAUUUUCAUGUAAACUUUUUUGUGGGGAAAAAUAAGUUCUACAAAAGAGUUUUUGUAAAGAUUUUUUCAUUGCUUUCUAGAGCCACUAUUUACUUCGUACCUAGAACUCAAGAAUCUUCUGAAACAUAAUGAAAAAUUCUCAGAAAUAUUGAAUGUAAAUUUAAAAUCGCGGCGGCAUUCAGACUUGGAGUGAGAAACCCCUCAACGGGAGAUAAAUGAUCGUCACACGUGGACCACGUACAAGGUGCUACAAAAAUUAUAAAGCAAAUUUGAAUUUCAAAAAAAUCAGAAUUCUCAGAUUUAGACUUUGAAAAAAAAAAUCUGUCUGAAAUAUUAAAUUGUAACUCCAAUUUUAACGAAAUGACAGUAGAUUACAUGUAAUACCCAGUCUCUUAACAUAUCCUGUACCAGUUUUCCAAUCUUGAGUGUGUUAGUGUCUAUAAGCAUGAGUAGAUAUAUUCUGUACUUCGGAAAAAAAAAAUUUGAGAAUUACCAAUUGAGAGAGUUGGACUCUUGAAAUCUAUCUCCUCGGAUCGCCGUCGAAACUCAUCGCACAAAAACAAAUAAAGAAAAAUGCCUUCCAAAUUUUCUUAAUUUCUUAUUGGGUUUCUAUUGAAAUUUUUUUUUCCCAAAAUUUUUUCCGUAUUUUUUUAUUUAAAAAAUGACUAAGGGUUCUCGAAUCUCAGAGUAUUUCCUGCAAUUUUCUAUAAAACCAGAAAAGUCUAUUGAGCUCUCUAGACAUUUUUUUCCGAAAUUCCAUUGCAGCUUCACUCGUUCAAAAAGACUUCUCUAUGAAAUUUUUAUUAAUUUCAAUGUACUACGUCAAGUUUUGAAAUAAUUGUCAUGAAAUAAACAAAACUACCGUCAAUUACCUAGUUUUCGAAGACCUAGAACCUACUUUCGAUCAGACAUUUAAUGCGGUAAAACUUUAUAAUUAUUUUUAUUGGAAAGAUAAUUAUUUCCGGAAUUUGACCCCCUCUUCCUGAAUACUUUAGCAUAUUUUAUAUUCAAUUAUGAUAUUAAUGACACCACCCAGUCAAGCUGAAAACGUUCAUGUACUGGACCCCCUCCGACGACAAGAUUCUUGACGGUAUAGAUCUUCGAAUUAACCACCCUCUAAAAUCCAACAAUAAUAAUAAAUCGACGACUAAAAAGGCGUAAAGUUGAAUCAUUUAUUCAAUGUAAACGAAAGGGAAAUGAUUAUCUAAUAGAAUUAAAAUUGAGUAGAUACCUCUAUAGUUCCUGUACGAUAUGAGAUAGAAAUUUUAAUAUAAAUUAUUCUAGUAAUUAUUUAUGACUAUCAUAACAACUAGGACAUUGUGUUUACUCGAGAAACAAGAGAUUUCGGAUACGAAAAAGUAGGGGAAGAGAGAAUAAAAACUUGAAAAAGUGUACGUAAUACACGAAAAAUUACAAAAUCGGUAUACCAGAGUUUUACGUAAUACAUACUCAUUAUGUGACAAUAAAAAAAUGAAACAAGGCCAGAGGGCUCAUUGCAGUCAAGAUUGAUUAAGAUUUAAUUUAUACUGAAAAAUUCUCCAAUAACGAAAAUUACACGAAUAUGUUUUAUACUUAAGGAAUCGGUAUUACGAUCAUGGGGGACCUUGAGGGGGAUAUUAUAUGCAACGUCCAAUUACAAAUCAAGAAAUUGUCUGCAAUAUCUUCCCUCAAGACCAUCACGAAGGCAAGGCUGAUUAUUUAGAUAUAAAAUACGUCAGUACGAUCGACAACAGCUGACAUUAUAUGAAAAUAAUUGGACAAAUAAUUUGAUUGUCAUUUCCAUUGCUCAUUGACGAAAAAUUGAAUGAAAUUGUGAAUUUAUUAGGUACCUAUUGGUAGUUUAAUAACCCCGUGAACGAUAUAAAACGAAAAGAGGAUCACGUUUUAGGCAUUAACGCUUUAUCUAGUUGAUAAAAAUUAUCCGAAACUACAUUAAAGACUGUGGAACAUUCUAGGUGUAUAAAUGUUUAAAUAAAUUAUUAAUAAUGUCA